AUGGCUAUUGAUGUUAAAUAUGUCGAGGAGCACAUAAAGAACUCCAGGGGAGUGCAGCUAUUUACCUGCAGAUGGUUGCCCUUUUCUUCCCCAAAAGCUCUGGUUUUUCUCUGUCAUGGCUAUGGCAUGGAAUGCAGUAAUUUCAUGAAAGGCGUUGGAGUGAAGCUAGCAAGUCAUGGCUAUGCCGUGUUUGGAAUUGAUUAUGAAGGUCACGGACGAUCACAGGGCUCUCGUUGUUACAUCAAGAGAUUCGACAACAUCGUUAAUGAUUGCAAUGAAUAUUUCAAAUCAGUUUGUGCAGAAGAAGAAUACAGUGGAAAGAAGAAAUUCUUGUACGGCGAGUCAAUGGGAGGGGCAGUAGCUCUUUUGAUCCACAAAAAGGAGCCGGGCUUUUGGGAUGGUGCCGUUCUAGUUGCUCCGAUGUGUAAGAUAUCGGAGAAGGUGAAGCCGCACCCUGUAGUUAUUAGCCUGUUGACUAGUGUUGAGGAUGUAAUUCCGAAAUGGAAGAUAGUCCCGACAAAGGAUGUCAUCGACUCGGCAUUCAAGGACCCCGUGAAAAGAGAACAGAUCCGGAGCAACAAAUUCAUAUAUCAAGAGAAGCCGAGACUGAAAACGGCGCUUGAAUUGCUGAGGGCCAGCAUGAACCUCGAGAGGAACUUGGACAAGGUGACAAUGCCGUUCUUUGUAUUGCAUGGUGAGGCUGACACGGUAACCGACCCUGAAGUUAGUCGGGCUUUAUAUGAACAAGCGAGCAGUGUAGACAAGACGAUCAAAUUCUAUCCCGGAAUGUGGCACGGCUUGACAUCGGGCGAGCCGGAUGAGAACGUCGAGAUUGUCUUCUCGGAUAUUCUUUCGUGGCUCGACAAGCGGUCGGGUGACUGCGUGGUUGCUCAUGUUUACGGGUUGGGUCAGGGAUUGGGGCCCGGCCCGGAUACGGUGGCUUCUUCGCAAGGGUCGGUGAAUGAGCGAAAAGACUCGAGUGAAUGGAAGGGUCGUGGUUUGCACCAUCACUCAGCACUCUAG